AUGCUGACGCUGCCGAGCGGUGCCGACCAUCGGCAGCCCAUCCCCUCAUGGCGGGGCCGCGGGGCAGGCUGGGACUCGUCGCCGCGCUCCUCCCACCGGGUGGAAGAUCCCGGGCGGCGGGGCCGAGCCGAGGCGGUGACGGGCCGGGCUCCGCCACCGGUGACGGGGCUGUGGGACUACACGCCCCAGAGCCCCCAGCGGCCGCGCGGCGGUGCGGGGUACUGCGGGACUUGUAGUCCUUUCGGGGGCCCAGCCCCACCCCGAGCAGCGCCCGCCGCCGCCCCCGCGCACUACAUCUUCCGUCGGGCAUCGCGGCGCGCCCGCGGGCCGCCGGCGGAGACAUUUGCGAGAGGCAGUGACCUCGAGGGGCUGCCCUCACUUGAGGCACUUCUGUCCUGCUCUCCCAGCCGGGUGGGUGAACGGCCUGUCCUUCAGCCCUGUAGUUUUAAUUCUUCAUUUCCCCUUACCAGGGUGACCUUGUCCUCCACGGACUGUUACAUUGUGCACGAGAUCUACAACGGGGAGAAUGCUCAGGACCAGUUUGAGUACGAGCUGGAGCAGGCGCUGGAAGCGCAGUACAAGUACAUCGUGAUCGAGCCCACGCGCAUCGGCGACGAGACGGCGCGCUGGAUCACCGUGGGGAACUGCCUGCACAAGACGGCCGUGCUGGCGGGCACCACCUGCCUCUUCACCCCUCUGGCACUGCCAGUAGAUUAUUCUCACUACAUCUCCCUGCCCGCUGGAGUGCUGAGCGUGGCUUGCUGCACCCUCUACGGGAUCUCUUGGCAGUUUGAUCCCUGUUGCAAGUACCAGGUCGAGUACGAUGCCUAUAAACUUUCGCGCCUGCCCCUGCAUACGCUCACCUCGUCCACUCCCGUGGUGCUGGUGAGGAAGGACGACCUGCACAGAAAGAGACUGCACAACACGAUAGCACUCGCUGCCCUGGUGUACUGUGUAAAGAAGAUCUAUGAACUCUACGCUGUAUGACUUCAGCAGGGAAGAGAGAAACCCACAAAGACAAGUGUAUUAAGACUCCCACAGUAACAUUUUGUUUUUCCUCUUUGAGAAGCGGUGGAGACUGGGAAGGAUUUGGUUUAAUAGAGCUGUUAUUUUUCAAAUAACACAUCACUGGUGCACCAAGGUUUUUCAGUUCUUCGUUACACUUGAGAUGUGGAUGUGUGGUGACUUGAGAUCCGUAUGUUAGGCCAGGGGAGUCCAAUCCAGCAGCAGAAUGUCGAUGAAAGAAAGCAAUAGAAAGAAGGGGUGUGAGA